AUGACGGCUGUAGUAUUUGCGCUAAAAAUUUGGAGGUCCUACUUGUACGGUGGGAAGGUGCAGAUAUACACGGAUCACAAAAAUUUACAGUACAUCUUUACGCAGUCAGAACUGAAUCUACGACAACGAAGAUGGAUGGAGUUAGUUGCGGACUAUGACUUGGAAAUCAGUUACCAUCCGGGUAAGGCCAACUUAGUGGCGGAAGCCUUAAGCAGAAGAGGGUCGGCCAUUAAUGCCGAGAGAGACGCGGAGAACCUGGUUGGUAUGAUCAGAACCUUGCGGUUGAAUGUGUUGACUAAACAGUUGGAACCAUUAGGCCUUAGGGCCGCGGAUCAAGCGGAUUUGUUGACAAGGGUACGAGUUUCACAAGAGAAGGACGCAGAUCUGAUACGGUUGUCCAAUGCGGACGCAACCGAGUACGGGACAUCAAACAACGGUACCAUUUUGGUUAAGGGCCUUGUGCAUUCCGUUGGACCAGAACUUGCAUACCGAAAUCCUUAA